GCAGGGUGUGGUUCUCCUGAUAUUUGCGUGCACGAUUGUGCCCUGCACCCAGCUGUGUACUUUGCUUCUUUUAUGAUUCGGCCUUGGCUACUUGGCGCUCAGCAUCUGCUUUAUUUGUCGCCACUCGAUCUCGCAAACCGGGUCACAUGCACACAUGUAGCUAAGUAUGGGCUAUCUAUAUCAGGCUCUGCGUUGUGAUAUUUAGCUUACAGAGGCUGAGUAUGGCGAAAAUGUAAUGCAUCCAUUGCUCCGUCACGCAGCGUACUUGCAGGCAAUAUUAGUGGCAGUUGAUGUAUGUAUCCCUGCCUUUUCGCAUCUCCUAGUGCUAGUAGUCGCUAAUCUACCCACAGCCUCCACUCCUUCUCUCAUUGCCAUCUCGCACCACCACCACCCUAGGCUAUUCCACCAUCUACCGCCCUCGCACACAUCCGCACAUCUUAAGACACCCGGGCCAGGAGUACCGUGUCAGUGUAUCACUCAUUGGCACCCUCAAGUUGAUCGCCACAGCCUAUCGAAUGUUUACUGGUACUUCAAGAACAGGUCCCAACUAAAUGUGUACGUGUAGCGAUCAUUGGUGUUAGUCUUGCACGCUUUGUGCAUAUCACAGUGACUCACAGUGACCACGAUUCGAAAGUUCUCCCCUAAACAGACUCGU